AGCAAAGAUCUUCGUCGACUUCUUUGUGGCCCUUAUGAAAACACAACUUUCCCCACAAAUGCAUUAUAAAAUCUGAAGUUUUGGCUACUUUGUUGUAUCGAUGGACAUCGAUACAAAUACUAAUACACUCCCCAGAUGAAUAUGUUGAAAAUUUUCUCACAGAUAUAAACUCAUUUCUUCAAAACAAUGGCUCUCCCAGCAAUCCGCGAGCUGGCUAGGCCGUUAGUCAGUGAGCGGGAGAGACGGAGGGCCUGGCGUCUCGCCAACAAAAAGCCAGCGCAUUUGAGGCGGACGCUUGGACUCGGGGAUCUGGUCCUAUUUGGGUUAGGAUGUACCAUCGGUAGUGGGAUCUUUCUUCUUGCAGGGCCUGCGACAUUGGUUAAGGCUUUGGCACAAUGAAUCUCUAGAAGAUAGAUGUCAGAAACAAAUACUGCUAAACGUCAUGACUUAGUUGAUAGUCCAACAGGAACAAGGAGUUGCAGCAUUGCAUCUUUUGUUCUGUCCACACAAAGGCAUAGCGGAAGCUCUAAUCCCGCGGCCGGUCCCGCAGUGCUGCUUUCCUUUAUCAUCACUGGAAUUGCGACAUGCAUGUCAGCACUGUGCUACGCCGAAGCCGCCGCUUUUGCCGGAAAGGAAAUCGGCAUGGCCUACGGCUUCGUGAGGAUGGAAUACGGUCCAUUCCUUGGUUAAGGCUUCAAGAAAUUCUAGUUCAUCUUAAUAGUGACAGCAUCGAUCUUCGAUCCGUUAGUUUUCUUGGGGAAAACGGUAACGGGCGGUAACGGGCACUAAGGUAAGAUGCACAACUUUGAUAGACGUCUAAAGGUAACAGCUUUAGACGCUGUUCAUUUUUAGCAGGAAUAUUGAAAAUGGAUUUCAUCUGGUAGUUCUAACUUGGCCAUUUGAUUGCUUCGGCCUUGAUGAUGGAACAGACUGUGGGUUUCGCUGUGGCUGCCAAGGGAUUCGCCAAUUAUCUGCGGUCGGCGCUAUUGCCAAUUGUGGGAAUCACGUUUGUGCAAAGGUUAGAGGAAAAAAGUGUAGACGAUGUUUUGCUUAUGUGGCGAGGACUAGGAUUUUCUCACACUCACCAUCAUGCUCACAAGGACUACUACUACGAGAAUCAUCAUGCUGCUUCAGAUCAUGCAGUACCAGUAGUUCAUCCUAGUGCUGCCCAGAAUCAUCAUGCUGCUUCAGAUCAUGCAGUACCAGUAGUUCAUCCUAGUGCUGCGGUUCCCCAACUCGUGCCUCAACCUGCUCCAGUAGCACCAGUUGUAGCGCCAGCAAUAGCUCCAGUAGUAGCAGACGGAAUAGCUACAACCAUCAAAUCUGUUGCAUUGUUGAAUGGACAACAGUCUCAGGCAUUAGUAGAGAAUAGUAGCUUACUACAGCUUCCUGGAGCUCCUCAUCUACAUCAUGCAGCUUCGAAGAUGACGAGAACACUAGCCAACCUGAUCUACAACCCAGGUGGAGCCUCUUUUGAAGGGGAUAGCAAUGAUGGUCCGUUUUUCGAGCAACACAUGAUGGGUCACGCUUCUCCAAUAGAAAAUACAAUUUUCGACGGCGGCGGUGUACAUGAUCAGCAUGGGCAUCUGUUGCAUGACCUUCAUCUUCGUAGAGGACAUCACCACGGAGCGCAUUCGCAUUCUCUCUUAGCGACAAACCUGUUUGAGGGGAGCAGGGCUAUAUCGGGUCAUCAAGAUUUGCCAAAUGCAUCAAUGUUACGAGAGAGUACGGAAACAGAAAGUAGGUUGAACAAGAAAGAUCUUGUUACUGUUGAAUACGUCCUAGUCCGUCGGGACGAACCGUAAAAAUCAAGUAGGUGCAUCUUGUGAAUUCAAAUACAAAUUAUUUACUCUCUCACUCUCUCCUUAUUUAAGUGCCCUUAACCUCAAAGUCCUCUAAUCUGAAUACUCUCCCGCUCCCUAACCUCAAAAAUCGGAAUAAAGUCUUCUAAUCUCAAUAGAAGCUUCUCCUGGGUCCUAACCUCAAAAAUCGGAAUAAAGUCUUCUAAUCUCAAUAGAAGCUUCUCCUGGGCCCUAACCUCAAAAAUCGGAAUAAAGUCUUCUAAUCUCAAUAGAAGCUUCUCCUGGGUCGUUAGCAGGAGCCUGGAACCUCCUCAGGCACCUAUUCGAUAACGCAGCAAUCGACCCCUUGGCGUUGGUGUUUUGGUUUGUGGUGACCUCAACCGUUUCUCUAGGGAUCGAUUUCAGUAAGGUUAAGACUUCAAAAUCAAAUCAAAAUUAUUGCCUUUAUUAGAUACUUCAGGGAUUCCCGCGAUGCACCGCGCUACUCAGGGAUGAAGGAACUAUGCUGAGCUCUUCUAAUGCAGGCGCCAAUCACGCAGGUGCCUUAUGCAAAUUUGGCGCGUUGGGGCUAUUCGUUAUCUUUGCUGCCAUCAUGUCCUACGUUGGGACAGCCUAUGAACAGGGCUUGCUGUCUUUACCGGAGAAAUUUGCAAAGAUUAUGGCUUUGGUUGAAUGAGCGUAUGCUAGAUAAUCGUAAUAAUAUGGUGGAGGUGCUAGAUUUCGUUUUAGUAGAUUAAGAUUAGACUAUACCGAAAAAACAAAAAGGUAGAACGAUCUCACGAUCAUGAGAAGAACGUAGUGCAUUAUGAAGACACGACGCAGUCUAUGGAUUAGGGAGGUGUCUCAGUCUCAGGUUCUUCUUCUUAUCAAAAUAAAUGACCACAAUCUUUGUCUUUCUAAUCUUGCUUGGCUGUCGGAACCUGCGCGCUAUUUCAUGCCCCACGGAUUCGGAGGUGUGCUAGAAGGUGCUGGCAUUUUGAUGUUUGCUUAUGUUGGCUUCGAGUCUUUGGGACAGCUGAACGAGGAAACAGCUGGAGACCCAGUGAGGCAGUUACCAAUAGCGAUGCUUCUGACAGUCGCUGGCAGUUUCGCCGUCUAUUUCUCCGUAGCACUAUGCAUAUUGAGCAUGAUUCACGCGAAAAGCUUCGAUUCACAAAUGGGCGUGGUGACGAACUCUGGUUAUGGAAGAGGCGUUUGAUGUUCUUCUUGGGAAGGCAUUUGUUUCAUCCAGUCAACAAUGGUAUAUAUGUUAUGAAUUGAUCACGACGAAGAUUCAAUCAGGGGUAUCAUGUGUUUGACGACAGGAUGAAGUGAUGUUUUCAAAGAUAGGUCUAGCUCUUGUUUUCGAACACUUCCACCUGCUGCUCUAAGAUACCAAUACGACAAGCGCGACAUCUUCUAGCGGAAGUACGAGCGCCAAAAACGUGAAUCCGGGUAUUCCUCUAGGAGGAGUCGCGAGUGGGUCUUCUUCUAGCAGGUCGAUGUCUAUUGCAGGCAAUGGGACCAAUAGUACAAAUAGUACAAAUUCGCCCAAUGGGACAGCAAAUUCGACAACUCUAUCGCCAAUAUUUAAUGGGACGUCAUCUUCGAAUACUACAAGUAACACAAGCACAACGACCAAUGCGGCAACAGAUGCUAGUUCAAAUUCUUCGGCCUCUAGUGCUGCACCUAACGCAACCACUGCUCUUGUUGGCACUACAGCUGCGCCUGUGACAGCGGUUAGUUCAGUGGCGAGUACCUCUACGACAGCCAGUGCCUCCAGCUUGUUUCUUUUGGGUGUAGAUAGAGACUCUGAAAGUGAGGGGCGGAAUUCGAAGGUGCUUGAAUCACUGGCAGUAAGGUCCAAUAGCCUUAGGUCCAGCACUAGUGCUGGUCUAGGCUUAGGAGGAAACGCCAAUAGUUUGAGCUCAAGUACAACUAGUCUCAGUGGAGUCAGUCAGAGCGCAAAUCCGCUUUUGUUUCUUUCGCUGGCGAGCAGCGCUGCAUCGUCCUAUCGUCGCGCAGCCUUUCAGAGAAUUCGCCAUGCUAGAAAUAGAAGAAAGGAUUUUAUUAAGGCUUACAGUAAUUCAUCUUAAGAAGUAUCUCUGGCCCGUUUCUCAAGGGGAAAACGCGCCAAAGAUGCUUUUCAAGAUGAAUAUUUAUAAGUUAGCUCUAAUUUUAGUACGACUAGUUUUGUGCAGGAAAAAUCAAAAUCUUCUACAGUCAGGAGUGCUAGGAGUAGUAAGUGGUUACCAUUUUUUUCAGAUGGCAACAGAAUCGUGACCCCUCAGAGCAAGACGCCAGGGGCGUUCAAAGUGAGUAGGGGAAGAAAAAAGCCACGACUGAAACCCAAGAACUUCUAUCACGAUUCAGCACCUGUAGGUGCCGCCGCUGGCCCCGUCUACUCUCCUAGCAAGCAUGCCUUUCUGCUUGCACCAGUCAAAGAGCCACAGUUUCCAUCAGCACCAGCAACAGAGCAAGAUCCUCUGUUUCCGCCACUCAAGUCGAUCAAACCCUUUGAGCCGGAUGUGAAGCAACCUGACUAUAAUGUAGGCUUUGGUCCACGACCACAACGACCUGGUGACGGGAAUGCAGCGAGUGAAGACUUUUUACCUACAGCAGAUAAUAGUGCACAAUCAAGAACAUCUUCGUCUUCGGUGAUAGAACAGGAUGUUGCUGGAACAAGCAGCAGUGCUAACUACGGAAGCCAGACUUCUACGAGCAGCGAAGGACCUUCUAGUACUAGUUCUUGGGACUUUAAAGCACUUGCGGCUUCUGUGGGUGCUGCUAUCACUCAAUCUUUAGUCGGGUCAUCUUCUACUCCAUCAGCAUCCUCAUCGUUUUCAUCCUCAUCGUUUUCAUCCUCUUCCGUGUCUUCAAUAUAUUCCCCUUCAGUACUAGAGGAACCUUCACCAGCACCUCAAUCAGCUGACCAUUUUAGGAGACGCAGCAAGACGCGGAGCAUGCAAUUGUCAUCUGUGGAUACAACAGGACCAACGACGCAGCUUUCUAUUGUUAAGUCUACAAGAAAUAGAAAUCCAUCUUCACAGGCAUCUUGGGGCCGUUUUUAGAGGGAGAACGCGGCCCAAGAUGCUGCUGAGGGUGGACAAUUUUUGCUUAGUCCUAAUAUUAACCACAAUGGCGAAGCAGCGAGUCUAGACCAGGGUGGUCCGUCGAUGUCCAUAGUAGAUGCACUGUACACAGGUAGAAACGCGACAGGUAGAAACGCGAAGAGCAUUGAGAAGAGCCUGAAGCAGCUGAAGGACCCAACGCCGAUCACGGCAAUCGUUCGGCAAGACAGUGAGGCGCUUAGCCAUUUGAUCAGUACUGGCGCUUGUAUCGGCAUCUUCCCGUUGGCUUUGAAUGCUCUCCUAUUUAGGGCUGUCCCUAAUGAUCCGUCUUCAGAAGCAUCCUAGCUAGCGACGUUCUCAAGGAGAAAACGGCCCCAGGAUCGACUUCGAGACGGAUCAUGAGGGAGUGAGCUCUAACUUAUCUAGUUCUCGCAUGAUCUUCCGCAUGGCUAGGGAUGGCAUCUUUCCCGGCUUCAUUGCUUCCAUUAAUGAGCGAACGCAGACACCGACGAUCGCUAUAAUAGUCAUCGCUCUGAUCACAUCGAUUUUGACGCUGUAUCCCUACAAUGCCCUAGCGGAGAUCAUGUCCGUGAACACCAUUAUCGCCUUCGUCAUGGUCUGCAUGGCAGUGCUGAACACCAGAGCGCAUCCGGACUUCAUGAAGUUAUGUUAAGUAAAAAAAUACAGAUACUGUUGUACAAAGGGAUGUGUCUUGAGCCUCGUCCAAAUCGAAGACUACAACAUCUCAUCUCAGAUUUGGAGGACAGCGCAGUUGUUCGUUUAAGAUGGUUUGGUCAUCCUUUGUAGUGUGCUCCGGGUCUUUCAAUUCACUUUCGCAUUCUCAUUCACCCUCUACACAUUUCGCAUGCGAAUCUAUUCCAUUCCAUUCAAUUUUUUCUUCUUCCCAUUCUGUUUCAAAUAACAAAAAGGGAAUGAGGAGCAUCCUACACUUUUUCAUCCUCCAAAUCGAAGACUUCUACAACAUCUCAUUCUAACUUCCAUCGGAUUCGGGACCCAGGGCUUUCUCGAGUCCUUAGUAGGUGUAGAGAAGGAUGGAAAAAUGCGUAAGGGCGAAAAAAGCAGUGCUGGCAAGACUAAUAACUCUAGCAACAGAAAAGAACAAGGAGUAGAAGAAGCAUCAUCAUCAUCGAGUAGUAGUAAUGCGGUACCAUCUAACGAGGGUGGUGUUGUCAAGGACAAAGAUCAGGAUGGUGACCCCGACAACAGUACUACGAAUACUACUACUCAGCAAGAUCAAACGGACAGCGCCAGAACACGUACUAGCAAAAGCAGAGGAGCAACAGAAGAAAAUAAGAGCAAAGCGUUCGCUGAGUCAUUGAUCAGAGCAUCAACCAAUACGCGCCAUACCUUGGUCACAAAACUUAAGACUACGUACCGCUCGAGCAUGCUCAACAUCAUCCUCAGCUUUUUUUUCAAGUAAACCUAAAUACUUAUCAUGUAGAGAGAUGAGAAGCCAAGCAGGAUGAUCUGACGAGCAGGAAAGGUACGAACGUGGUAGUAGCUCUAAGAGACCUGCGGUAUGGCUCUGUGGUGGUGUCCAAGAUGUGGAUGAGGAAACAGGCGCUGCCAGAUCCCUCCAAGAUUCUGAAGCGCAACAGCUCCUUAGCUCGUUGUUGAAAUUAUGAGCAUCUUCUUAUUCCUGGUUCCUUUGGAUUGGUUUUAUUAAGAUAAGCUUCUCAGGGGUUCGUCUUCGUCAUUGGGUUUACUAAAAUAUGUCUUUACCUUCUCAGGGGUCCGUCUUUCUUCCGCAUGAUCAUGAACGAUUGACCUUGACAAGGGUUAGAAUAAGGAACCCCUUCUUACGCAUGAUCAUGAACGGUUGACCUUGACUACAAGGGUUAGUAUAAGGAACCCCUUCUUACGCAUGAUCAUGAACGAUUGACCUUGACAAGGGUUAGAAUAAGGAACCCCUUCUUACGCAUGAUCAUGAACGGUUGACCUUGACUACAAGGGUUAGUAUAAGGAACCCCUUCUUACGCAUGAUCAUGAACGGUUGACCUUGACAAGGGUUAGAAUAAGGAACCCCUUCUUACGCAUGUUCAUGAACGGUUGACCUUGACUACAAGGGUUAGUAUGAUGGAUAAGUACAUAGAUUCUGUGACAGUGACCUCUUCUAACCGACAUCGCCCACUUCCUUUUCGUGCUUCUCAGCCUCGCUUGGUGCAAUUCCGGCACACUCUGUUCUUGGUUCCUUUGGUGCAUACUGACGAACUUGUGCGGAGUUUUCAUCCUUGUCUAUAGCUCAUGGGUAGACACGGCUGAAAAAUCGAGGAAAUUCCAAGUACCUUGGGUUCCGGUCGUUGGUCUUGCAGGUGUCUUCUUCAAUGUGGUGAUGCUAUCGCGAUUGCAGAAGGGCAUGAUGGCUAGCUUCAUUGUGCUUUUUAAGGCCAUAUAAGUGCGAUAGCGAUUGAUUUGGUAGUAGUACUCACUAUUAGUUCAUGUCUAGGACAUGGAAGUGGAACAAUCGGAAGGCUGUAAAGUUACAAGUGGCGUGCUACAAAGUCAGGGUGGAAUUUACUUCUACAAGUACAAGAACGUCUAAAAAUGACAAGUAGUUGAUCCUCUAGUUAUUUCUGCAGAACAAAAAAACAUCUAAAUGACAUGUACUUGAAGAUCUACAUCUACCCAUGUUUCUUCAUAACUCGGAGAUCUCUAACCUCCCUUUGAUGGCACUUUACUACUUCCUAUUUGUGUGUGGUGCUUCCUGGGACGAACUGAAGAAGCAUUUGACCGCGUCGCCUGGCAAGCGGCAAGCGGUGCCCGCUCCUUGAGACGCAAUAUUUUUGGACAGCACUUCCGUUGAAAAAGUAUAGAAUAGUAGAGUAGACCAUGGGUCUUAGUUUUAGCUUUAGGCGGAUUUGAAAUCUAAUGAGGAGCACUACAACAUGUAGUACUCUUUGUGAUUUUUACUUUUUCGGUAUUAGCAGCCAAUAGAUGAAAGCUACAACUCCAAAUGUUGUCUCAGAAGCCAGCAUCUCUCUGAUCGGCGAACUCAGAGGCGCCAUAGGGAUAUCAUAAAUAACAGAUGUCGAUAUUCACUAUCACUACCUUGUACAGUGUUUCGAUUCAGCAACAGCAUCGAUUGCAAUAUUUAAGUACCUUGUACACUGUUUCGAUCCAUCGACCUUAAUCUUAGUUGCCAACAAAUAACAGUCAUUUAUGGAUUUAACGCUCAUCUUGUUCAACCAUUACAAAUUUACAUUUAGAAUACUUAGAAGUUUUAGAAUCCUAGAAUACGAAGUAACUCGGUAUCAAUACUACACUCAAAACUAUGCUUGUUAAGUUCAUCAUCCAAAAAUUCCACUUGCUACUAUCAUGCUUACAACUAGAGCUAGGCCAUUUGACUGCGACGUUUUUACUUCUCUCACAGCUUCAACUACAACGAUUAUAUCAACUUGUUCGAAUAGCAGUACUAUCGAAAGUACUAAUAUUCAAAGUACUAUUCAAAGAAAGUAUAAUACAGCAACAAUAAGAAGUACUAUUCAAAGUACUUCUUCCACCAGUUAUACGGCAUUUAGAAAUCUCACCAAGUGAAGCGCUCCCAUGGGAAAGAAACUGACCACAUCGCUUAUUGGAGAAUGCUUACAUAAAAAUGUAGAAGAGGUACAUACACAUAGAUGCCCUUCAUCUUCGAUUUGUAAAAUGUUAAUUGAAUGAUGCAAAUAGAUGAGGUGGAGAUGAGCCAGAGCCACAAACUGAAACUACUUACAUUAUGCCCAUAAUUAAAUUUGUUGGUGUUUCUUCCUUGUAGGGUGUAAGUGGCAAAGAUAGACAUAGUUAGAUAGACGAAGUAGGAGAACGUAGGUUUUGAUAUGUCAACCACAGCAACGUCAUCAUGAACAAUGUGCAUCUACCUUCAUUGAACAUCAUGCGCAUCUACUCAAUAUUUGAUAGGGGUUCCAUUACCAUUUGUUACUAUUUCCAUUUGUAAUAGUUGUACUAGCCAUGAUUUCCUGAGUUACUUUCUGUUACUUCUACCUACAACUACUUGAGUUGGUACUAGUUUCUUAUUCUUUGUAUCACUUUAUAUAUUCAUCGACGUUCUAGAAAUCAUCCUACCUAGCUGCAGUCAUUUUAUUCAUUCUACGAUGACACGGGAACUAUUCUAACUUGUUUUCACCAUCUUUGUAAGCAGAUGAAUAUUUUUGUGCACAGACUGGCAUACUUAUCUACCUGCCUGAAUUGUGAAACAGCGAAAAGACCGAAUCUACAACUGUUGCUUGAGAACAUCGACUGAAGUACACAUACUGAAUAAAUGGAUCAUCAUGUUGGAUCGCUUAGAAAAGCGCAUCAUGCGGAUGAUUCUGGAGAAGCGA